AUGAGCGCUCAGUGUAGCGCUUACUACAGCGCUGACGGUGUGUUUGUGGACGGAUUCUCCUGCCCCAGACCGGGAAACGCUGUUUCUGCUGUCUACUGCUGCGGAUUUAAUGAUGUUAAAUAUUGCUGUGAUGAUCCCAACAGUUUUUUCCCGUAUGAGUACGGAUAUAUGUGGUGGUUGAGUAUUGGUGCUCUAGUUGGUCUGUCCAUUGCAGCAGUGGUCCUCCUUGCCUUCCUCAUCACCGUAUGUGUCCUCUGCUACCUCUUCAUCGCCACCAAACCCAGUCGUCUUGACAACGGCCUACCCCUUAAUGCACCAUUGGGAGAUCCAAGUGAGGGAACCAGUCGUGCGAGAGCAAUCUGUCCUUCAGGUCCACAGGGAUUCAGAAAACACUUCAUGAGCAGGAAGCUGGACUGUGAUAACCAGCCGCCAGACCCUGAGCUCUUGUUCCAGAGGUGUUUCACAGCUAAUGUCACCGGCGUAAAAGUGGAAAAUCCCUCGUAGACCACUGAGAGACUUCUUAUUUACAAGUGGGACCAGCAGUCCAGGCCAAGAGAAACAGUGGAUCUGAAGGCAGGCUGCUCUGCCAAGGGGCCGCUGUGACACUGGGAGGAACAGCAGCUGACAUAAUGUGAUGUGCACAGGAGUCGUGGUAGUUAAGUGGAUAAAAUAAUAAGUAGUGCAAAGUUAAAAAAUAUGUACAUUUAUUUGCCAGAAGAGCUGGAAAGAGAGACGGGAAAUGUGGGAGGGGAGGACAUACA